UUAAGUCGGACAAAAUUUUAGUUUAAAUUUGUGCAAUAAAAGAAUACAAUCAAAGAGCUCACUUGAUGGCACGACUGCAGCGAGCAAACGCGAAUCACAACAAAAACAAACGCUAUGUGCGAACAAUUUGCAGCACGCCUGAAGGUAUGCUGCAUAGUUGACGCAUUCUUUUUCAGAGCCCACCAACAACUUCAGCAACAAUACGAAAUCACUGAAUAGGUUGCCUAAGUGUAGUUAACAUACAUAUGCAGAGCAAGCGUUAUGCUCCCAGCACAUUCUAGCGUAGUUAAAGCGAAAAAAAUUAAUAAAAUAAAUCAUAGUAAAGCAAUACACAAAACAUAAUAACAAUAAUAGCAUAAAGCGACAGCACAACCAUAGCAACAAAAACACAAAAACGUGAACCUACCAGUGAAGUCACACACAAAUGCUUAGCACUGCUAAAACUUCUAAGAAAUACAAGGAAAAAGUGAACAGACGAUACUUUUCAAAAACUACAUAAAAGUCCAGUUACAUUGGUGCCUACGACCAGUAAGAAAAAAGGUACAGAAUAAGUUGAAAGAUGUCCAAUACGAAAGACACACUGCACGUUGGGUCAUACCUUAAUUAUGGCGCGCAGGGUGGUAGUCGCGGGUUAGCCGCUGCGGCUGCAAUGGCUUUUGGUCGUGGCAGCGCUGCCAGUAGUGGUCGCAAUAGUGCUUGCAGUUCGGGCAGCGUUUCACCCAUACCGACGAUUGCGAUCAGCACUGGCGAUGAGUCGUCCGAGUCGGAAAUCGAGACGGAGCCGGCGCGUAUCUUCCAUCGACGUCUCUCUACGAAAAGGAAUAUUAAUGCGGCGGUGAGUGUUGCGCUUCUUUGGCUGUUCCUCUGCUUUGAUGUUGCAUUUAUUGAGAGUAUUUGAUAAAUUUGUAAGCAAAUAAGAUGGUUAGCUUUUCUUUUAAAUUAAUUAGUUAUGCGAUUUCUAUUGUAAACGAAAUAAUAUAUUUUAGAUAAAAUUGUGCAUAACUUGUGCAUGAUUUUACAUGAUUGGUAUAACUAUGGACCAAGGUAUGAGAAUUGUCUCAUUGUUUCCAAUGGUACUUGCUUCAAACGUCUCGUUGCUCUAAAAUAGGAUCGCAAAAAUGUGUCAUUGUGUAACUGCCGUCCAAUAAUUGAUACAAAUUUUCAAAUAAAAGUACUUUAAAGA